CAGACGAGGCUCAGUGUGCCGCGUAUCGUCGUACGUGUAUCUGCGCGCCGUUCCGCCUCGCGUGUCCCUCCUUCGUUCUUUCUGCUCUUCUAUUUUCUUCUGGUAUCGGUCGGUUGCUUGUUCCUCGGCGCACCACGCGACAUCGAGACAUGUGUUCGGCGACCAAGCAAGCUUGGAUAGUGACGAGCAGAUCAUCCGACGACGCGAUCACCGGCCACCGGAAGUGGUAAACGCGAGCCUGUGUUUUCCAAGACGUUGUGCGAAUUCACAAGUUUUCGUUGCCGGUGCGCGAGUUUCCGAAACGCCGGAGGGGCCAGCCAGCCAAUCAACUCACUUGGACUUGCCUGCGCGCGACAAUCAAGACUCUCCGCCUCGUCCCUGCGAAACUUUUAAUCGAACGUCAAAUCUGUGCCUCGCGUUCGACCAGUCUUCAACAGGGGAAAGAAGCCGAAGUGUCUGCUCGGGGAGUAAUCAAACUCGUCUCGUUGGAAAGCUCGACCGAUGGUUUUCGCGACGUAGUGAGAGAGAAAGAGCUCUUUUGGGACUCGGUAACUUCGCUUUGGACGAUCGUUUCAAAGGGCAAAAGUGCAGAGACAAAUAGAGAGAGAGAGAGGGAAGUGCAACGUGUUCCCGGAAAACGAAUCCUGGGAAUUGAUAAAAAAAUUCAAAGAGACACGUUUCCCGAAGUGGGAGAAUAGACUCUUGGGUACAACUCGGUCGGUGAAUUCAGUCGGAGAUAGGUAGCGGGGUUUCUCCGAGAAGCCGGAAAUCGUCGGGGGAGUGGUGAGAGUGGAAGAUCGGUAAACGGAGAGAGUGGGAAAGAUGUCGGAGAAUUCUCUACGCCGGAAGACCAGAUCGGCCUCGAUCUGUGCGCCCGGAUUCUCCAGUAUGGAGCAAAUGUUGGAGGCGAUGCCUCCCUCGGGUGCCAGAGACAGGGAUAAAGCCGACAGAGAGAAGGACAGCGGAAGCGGAACUCCCGACGGCAGUACGCCGACGAGAAGACGUAGACCAGCGACAAGGUCUCAGAGUGCUCGUGUCUCCAGCGCGAAUAAGAGUAUCCGUCGUCGAGCCGCCGCUCAAGCUGCGCAUCACCAUCAUCAUCAUCAUCAUGAAGGCACAGUUAAAUCUGCUCAUUGCAGCAGCGAGCCCAGGUUGACCGAUAAUGAUAUCAGCCCUGGUCUGAGAAGAAGAGGCAGUCGAAGAGGGCAAAGUAUGCACCACAGUCAUCACAGAAAGAGCAAUGCAUUUUUGGACGUUCCUGACACCUCGGCUCAGAUGCCACCGAGAGAAGAUGGCGAGGACGAGGACAGCUACAGGCUUAGAAGCUUCAGUCUCACCAGCAAAGACUAUGCCUAUUAUUUCUGCGACACGUGA